AAGCUCCGGCUUCCAGUUCAGCACUUCAGCAGCAUGCCUAAGCCCAAGGAACUCCUUCUUCCUACCUUCCUGAUCCUGUUUGUCUUCUGGCCACCGGCGGCGAGCGUCGACGCUCUCUCCUCCACGGUGAGCCCUCUGUACACCGCGCCCUGCAACGACCAGCCGACAGCGAACAGCAGCAGCAUCUACCGGUCAAAUUUGAUAAACCUCGGCACCGCGCUCUCCACCGGUGCCGGCGGUGCGUCCUCCGGCGGCUUCGCCAAGGGCAGCACCGGCUCGGCGCCCGACAAGGUCUACGGCCUCGUGCUCUGCCGCGGCGACUUCACCGGCGUCAACUGCACCAAUGGCCUCAUGGCCGCCUUAAACGACACCGCCGACCGCCUUUCGUGCCGGAACGCCACCGUCUACUACGACCAGUUCAUGCUCCAUUUCACCGACAACGGCAACUCCUUGUCCAGCCUCGCCAACGAGCCGGAAUGGUCCGCAUGGAACAUGAAUUCCGUCACCGGCAUGGAUGCGGCGACGCGGUUCAUGGACACAGUAACGGAGCUGAUGAACAGCAUGGUUGACUUGGCCACCAGCUCGAGCUCCUCAAAGUCAUCGUCAUUGAGCCAGUCGAAGUACUACGCGACCGGCGAGGCGGGGUUUGGCGAGCAGGGCGUUAGCACUGUGUAUGGGCUGGUGCAGUGCACGCAGGAUCUCACCGGGCCACAGUGCAAGAGCUGCCUUGACGGCAUCAUCAAGCAGAUGCCUGAGCAGUUCGGGAGCCCUGCCGGAGUUAGCCGGGUCGGUGGGAGGAUCCUUGGCGUUCGGUGUAACCUGAGAUACGAGAAGGAGCUAUUCUUUCAGGAGACAAGUGACACUAUCAAAAUCCACAUGCCUAAAAAUGGGAUGAGCACGGUGCUAAAGAUUGUCAUAUCGGGAGUUUCUGUUCUGGUUUUCUUCGUCAUUGGAUUGCUCCUAAGGCCAAAUGUCGUGAGGAAAGUCAGAGAGUUGAUAAUGCAGAGGGAUCUUGUCAUCUUGGAAAAGGAAAUUGCAAGUGAAAGCGACUCGAGGUUUUCACUGUUUGGCUAUUCAAAGAUAAGAAGUGCUACAGAUAAUUUCUCGAAACAAAAUAAACUUGGAGAAGGGGGAUUUGGUCCUGUUUACAAGGGCCGGUUGCCUGACGAUCAGGACAUAGCAGUUAAACGACUUUCUCCAGAUUCAGUUCAAGGAUUCCGGGAGUUCAUGAAUGAAAUCAAACUCAUAGCCAGCCUCCAGCACAGGAAUCUAGUCAGGCUUCUUGGAUGCUGCAUCAAAAGCAAAGAGAGGAUUCUUGUAUACGAAUAUAUGCCAAAUGGCAGCCUGGAAGAGUUCAUUUUUGGAGCAGGAGCAGAGCGGAGCUGGCCCGUGCGUUGUCAAAUAAUCAAAGGGAUAGCAGAGGGCCUUCUCUAUAUGCAUGACUACACGCAAGAGUGCAUAGUGCACAGAGACCUGAAACCAAGCAACAUCCUGCUAGAUCAUGAAAUGAAUCCGAAAAUUUCUGACUUCGGGAUAGCGAGAAAGUGCUUCUCUAAUAUGGCGGAAUCAAAUACCACGACGGCCAUGGGAACAUUUGGAUACAUCGCGCCGGAGUACUACUCCCAGAACAUUUACUCAACGAGGUCCGAUGUUUUCAGCUUCGGCAUUCUAGUUCUCGAGAUCAUUAGUGGGAAGCGGGCCAUAGGUUCUUACCAGCUAUCCGGAAGAUCAUACGAGCUGAGGAGAUAUGCUUGGCAGUUAUGGAGAGAAAAAAGCUGCGAUGAGCUGGUUGACCCUUCGUUGGGUGAGGAGUACCAGGAAUUGGAGGUUAUGAGGUGCAUCCAGGUGGCCCUAUUGUGCGUCCAGGAUAGCGCGGAGGACAGGCCUACCAUGCGCAAUGUCACGGCAAUGCUAAACAACAGGAACGGAAUGCUACUCCUUCCUACACAGCCCGGUUCCUGCAGCAUACACAUCGACAUGGACCCUGAAUAGCUACAACAGCCAAACAGGUCUGGUUGAUACUACUGCACAUGGGUGUUUGAAGUAGUAGUAUCAGUUACCUGCAUCAAGGUAUACGACAAUCAGUUCUAGUCUUAGAAAAGCAAUGUGCCGAUUGGACAGGAACUGAUAAGUUAAUUCCAUGUUCAUGUUCUUUUAAAAAAAAAGUGUCAUAAUGUGGCUCAUCUCAACUAAAAGAACAUCAAGGUAUGUAGCCAGAUGUUCUCCUCGUGUCC